UGGGGAACGCCCUUUAAGACUCGCCCAGUCAGUCGCAUCGUUUUGUCGUGACACUUCUGCGCAGCCUCUUACAUCAUCUACAAUCGGCGUCAGUAGAGCUAGCUCUCUGGAUUUGGCUGAAGGCAAGUUUCACAAGAAGAUAAACAGAAUCACAGGAGCUUUGGAGAAUGUCUAAGAUGGAGCGCUUGAACGCCAGUGUGGCUCAGCUGUUGGCGGUGGCCGUACACGAGGUGCUGGACGUGGUCGGGCAGGCGGUGUCGGAGUACCAGGAGGAGACGGCCCGCACGCGGCGGGAGAACGACAGCCUGAAGCGGCGUGUGCGGGAGCUCCAGGAGGCGCUGAGGAGGACCGGGGGAGGAGCGGCGCUCCCUCUCUCCCUCUCGGCAGCCGAGGGGAGGUCCCCCGCGGAGGAGCAGCACGGCGAGCAGGAGUGGAGCUCCGGCCUGAGGGAGGAGGCGGAGCUCGCGGCGGAGGAGGAGAAAGGGGAGUUCCUCCGGCUGAAGAGGAGCAGGUGGAGAGAGGAGGAGCCGGGGCGCCCGGAGUCGGAACGCUCGGCAGACUCUGAGGCCGAGUGCGACGCGCUGGGACCCACGGGCGCCCCCCGAACCUCGGACGCGCCCCACGCCGCGUUCGCGAGUCACGGCUUGAAGAACGACGUUGACCUGGACUCCAUCCACGCGGCGUGCCUUCCCAGCAAGCCGUCCCCCGGCGCCUCCAACCCGGCCACCCUCCCCGGCCUGUCUUCCGACGAAAUCAAAAUGGAGUCCGAGUCGGAGCCUCCGGAAUGUUCCGUGGUGGAGCAGCACUCGGUCCGGAUCCCGUUUUACGAGUGCGCGGACUCGAUGGGCGGGCCGGCGCGGGACGAGCCCGCCCCGGACCCUUACCGCGCGGCGCACGGGCCGGCCUACGUCCACCCGGAGCGCGGGACGGCGGCCCCCAAGCGCUUCCGGUUCGGGAAGGCCGUGCGGUCGCUGCCGGACGGCAAGAAGCACCGGCCGCACAAGCGGAAGGAGGAGCAGCACAUCUGCUUCCUGUGCGGGAAGACCUUCAGCCGCGUGGCCAACCUGCGCAUCCACCAGCGCUGCCACACCGGGGAGAAGCCGUACUGCUGCAUGCAGUGCGGCCGCUGCUUCAGCCAGGCGGGCGACCUCAAGAAGCACAAGAGGGUCCACACGGGGGAGAAGCCGUACCACUGCACGCACUGUGGGAAGAGCUUCAGCCGGGGCGAGAACCUCAAGAGGCACCAGAAGACCCACGUCGGGGACUCCCUGCUGGUGUAGGCCCGAACCGCGGUCGGGCCCGGACGCGCUAGAAAGGAUCUGCCUCCCGCCUCCCGCCCGGAUUGCCACCCGGGAAGCGCCGCCGUCGCUACGGCGACGGGGGAGGCGUGGUCUUUCGGAGGCGGGGAUCCAGUGUUUUUUUAGAUGAACGAUAAACUGACGGCAUCGUCCUCUACCCGGGGACCGAUGUUUCCGCUUUUUUUAAAUGACUGUUUUUUUUUUUUUUUUUAAAAACAUCUGUUUUAAAGUGUUUUACGAUCACAAAAAACAGUGUCAAUCUUCGAAACAGUGGAAUAGUGGAGCGGGUGUUCCGAAGUGACCUCAUUUCCUGUCAUUUAACAGCCCGGGAUGAGUCAUUUGUUAAAAAGAAUCUCUGUGUUGUAAUUUUACAUGUGGAGGGUCAUCAUUUCAUUAGUCCUGCUGAUACACAAUUAAAAAGAACUGCAAAUCAGUCAUUUCACAAAUACAGCAGGUGAAGCUGAGCUGGACAAAAUAAGCAAAUGUUUAGUUGCAGUUUAUCAACACCAGUAGCAGUCACCCCAGGAUACUUUAUGUAUGUAACGAUUGGACUAAAAUAAUAACCAAAUGCAUUGAAUAUUUAAAAUCAAUACUUCUGCGCAAUGCAUACACAAAGAGUGAAUUUGGGUCAUUUUUCUUUUUAGGGCAAAUCCUGCUUUAACAUUUCAAAAGUCGGUCGUUUUUUUUUCCUCUUUUCGAAAUUCUAAGUCGGUGUUCUAGAACUCCAUUGUUUGCAAUCACCAGUAGUGACUGUUACAUCAGAAUUAGAAUGUUCAGUGAAGAACAUUCUAAUGAUAUAUUUCUGACCUCACACCUAAAAGAGCUAAACACGAUGCUACAGUGAGAUCCUAAAGUCAAAAUCUAUCCUUUAACCAUGUGCUGGGUAUCGGUGAAAUAAAACCACAAUGCUUAAGUCUCAA